AUUUUCUUUUGGAACAUGCCGACGUUAUAAAAUGACCUUCAAUUUUACGUUGAUAACUGGAAUAGUGCGUGUGGAAUUAAAGAAUUGUUUGUGAAAAUUGUAAUUCACCUUAAAGAGAUUGCGUCAAUUAUGACCAUUUCUGUGAAAGGGACGCUUGUAGUUAUUCUUCUAAUUUUUUUCUGCACGUGUUUCGCACGAGAUUAUAAUGAUGUUCCUGACGGCGGUGAUGUUGAUAACUCCUUUUUGGCUGAACAUGGAUUUGACAUGGAUCAUGGAUUUAUGAAUAACAGACCUCAUACAGAUGAACAUUUAAGGAUAAUGUCAUCUAUGAUGAUACAUUAUAUAAUUUCUAAAGGUUGUGAUUAUAUAAGCGCAUCUGUUAAACAUCACUUUAGCAGUGUUGACCACAGUCACACACAUGAGUAUUACCACAAAACAUGCGACUGGAAACCGUGGGCGGAGAAGAAAUGUGGUUUAUACCACGUGCCAAUGGAACUAUGCUGUGCACUUAUGGACUGUGGCGCGUCUAGAAGUUUGGUCGCUUUAAGAGCGCCUCACGGCAUGAUUGAACAGUGUAACAUGACAGACGCUGCCAGAAAGAGGGACAUUCAUAUACACACUAACCAGCCUUCAACAAGUCGGAUGUGCAAUCAUAUACAAGCAUUGAUAUUUGGAAAACGAGAUGACCAUACAGAACAUGUGACACAACUUUCACAGCAAUUACAGUUAAACAAUCACAACAUAAGUGAUAAAUUAAGUGCAUCUAACUUUAGAAAUGUUAGUGUAAAGCCUGAAUCAAGCGUAAGUGGCGGACAAUCAAAGCGCAUCCGAAGGUGGUGUAAAGUAUUCAGCCGGAACGUCAGUAAGAAGUUCCAUUUAAAGGAGUCCAGAUUUGUCCGGCGGUCGGUAUACUGGCUAGUUGACAUAUAUAAAGUCGCAGUGGGGCAUCACAUGCCAAACUAUUACACGCACGGACUUGUUGGAUGUGGAAUUGACUACGCAAUGAGGGCAUUCAAUGUGGAAAGAUGGCAAAUUGAAUUAUACAAACAAGUUUCAAAAUAAAGUUUUAUUUAAAACUAUA